AUGGCUCCUCUUACAAUCACAGUCAACGGCACUUCCAGACUUACUCGUCCUGCUGAACGAGGAGUCAUGAACAUCUCCGUCGAGGCUGAGGGAACCGACAAAGAACUCGUGUCGUUGCAAGUAACCUCUGCUUCCAACGAGAUGCACAAACUGUUCACGGAAUUGUCUCCCAAAACAGAAGCUGGAAUCGCAACAGCGGAGGCUGCAGUUACUCAUUUUUUCCUCCACUAUGCUUCGAAGUUGGCAUCAAACGCCUCGUGGUUCCGAUGGUAUCGCCGUCGCACGAGGAAGUUAAUCCUGAACCCGCAUGUACACAUCAAAUCGAUCGAUUGGGAGUUGACAGACGCUACCAUUCAAUCGCUGGGGCAAGAGUCCCGAAAGCUAGCAAUGCGCGAUGCGAUCCAAAAAGCCGAGGACUAUGCUGAUGUUAUUGGACGUAAAGUCGUUGUGACCGAGAUUAAUAGCGGUGGUUACUCUGGAGACUUGAACGUGAGGUGCAUGAUGGCAACUGCUCCCGGUGGAGCGCUUUUUGGUCGUAGUUCGCCUGCUCCUGAACAUGAUUCCCUUGAUCUAACACCACAGGAGAUCAAAAUUGAGGGGUCUGUGAGUGUCAAAUUCGAGUCUGAAACGGCAUGA